ACAUUCAGCAUCGAAACGUGGCACAAUGUUACAGAGACGUGGGGUAGCACUGGUAACCACACACAGUGUAGGUUCCCUGACCAUCAGCUCAUGUCUACACCAACACAAAAUAUGGAUGGAAAUCUACCGUUGACCCAAUCAUCGUACUGCACCGUGGUAGAUAAAAAGGACCAGUCUAAACUAAUAUGCUACACGCAUACAAAAUCUGGGAUAUUCAUUGUUGGGUGAGUGUUGAUAGCUAUCUACCCAUUUCCGUAUGGGUAGAAACCAUGCGUUUCUAACAACGUAAACUGACCAGAGAACUGACCUAGCGCGCUACAGUAGUUUUGGACAUGUAGCUAACUAUUUAUUAUACAGUAGCGAUUAUACAUGUUUGCUCAAAUAGAGAGGCGAUCUCAUCGACUCGGGUGAAACACAGUAAACUCGUGCUGCAGUGUUCAGGCUAGUGCUAACAACAAUAACAACAAAGCUACCUCUAGUGGUGCCAUAUAGAGAUUGGUAUAAUAUUCACCUGUAAAGAAAGAUCCAUGAUAUUGGUGUAGUAACACAUGCAGCUAACCUCAUACUUGUUUUCUGUUUCAGCUUGACAAAUGCCUCUGAUGUGUGGUGCACAGAUUUCACUGAGGAGACGUUGAACCAGUUUGUACGUAUCCUGUAAAAAGUAGUAAUUUCUUAACUAAUUAUAUUGGCAUUCCCCCUCUGUAUAUGACAACAAAAUGACAUGCACAUUUAUUUUCAGAGACAGAAGUUUGCCUUAAAGUCAACAGAGGAUUAUAUCCUGAAAAUCAAGUAUGUUUAUCCCAUUUCCCAGUUUAUUUUAAUCCAAGGACCUCAUGCACUCCUUGAGAUCCUUUUCACUUUCCAUGCCUUUACAAUACUUGCAUAUUCCUUUUAUUCCUCCCCUCUCCUACGUUGUUCCAGGUCUGCGUGUGGGAGUGGGAGUGUGUCAGUAUCGGUGCAGGACACCAGUGCAGUGCUCUAUGUAGGGGCCAGUCCAGGAGGGCUGAGUGUGACUCUGUCCAGACUGAAAGAACAAGAGGCUAAAGAGGUUCUGAGAGAACUGCUGUUUAGAAUGGCGGACAGCCUGACCCAUUUAAACAAUACUGGUGAGGUUAGGGACAAAGCUCUCAUACAGCAUACAAAGUUCUCCUCACAUACUGUACUCUUUCUGAUCUAGGGAAGGUCUUGCUAACUGCUGUUACAGAAUGCAUGUGUACUCUUAACACACAUACUCUUUAUGUUCUCUGUUGUGUUACUGUGUUCUGUCCAGCAGGCCCUGCCUCAUUCAGUCCUGGGAAGAGUCCGCACAAACGGAAUACAGGUGCUGUGCUAA